AUGGUGAAGCCACGCCCAGCGCCUCGACGCUCUGAGUUCCCACGUCAACUACCGGCGGACUCUUUGCUCGCGGCAAGCGAAUCUGAGCUUGCUCUUCGUAACUUUGACGCUUUGCGUCUUAACGCGCUCAAACUUGCUCCGACGCCAACUAAUGCGGCGGAGCUGCAUCGCAUGUGGAUUCCUUGUCCUCAUGCGAUCAAGCGUAAGCAUCUCGCUGAGGUGCUUGAUGAGCUUGCGAAGGACGACCAACCACAGUUGUGGAAGGACGCUCGUCAGGCUCGUCUUUUGCAAGACUUCAAGCUGAUCCCUAAUGCGGGGAUCCGUUUUACGUGCACGGCCUACGACACUGCUUCCAAGCUUAGCUUGGUUAAGCUCAAUGCGUUUGGCUCGCAAAUCCAGGUCGCUCGGUUUUCGAAGUACGGUUCUCGUUACUUCGUUGACUUGGUCCGUCUUCCCGAUGAAGUAUCGGACCGCAUGAUUUUUGAUUGGUUUGCUACACGUGGUGCACCUCCUACGUGCGUGCUACCAACGUUCGUGCGCAACGGCCUUCCCUCGCGGGAAAGGACUGUUUAUUUCGGACAAGAUCAGGCGCCAUCUGUUUUGGUCCCAUCUCAAGAUGCUCCUCUUCGAGAAAUUGAAUUCGAGUCGCCGGAUGACGGCAUGGUGAAACUUCGUGCUUGUUUCGUGAACCACAAGGUUGCUCGUUACAACAGGGUCACGCCUCCGUCUAUUCGCCUUCGACAGGAAGAAGAGGCCGCACGUCAGGAGGCUGAAUCUGCACGGUCUCCGGCUUCUGAUACGGCUGCACUAUCCAGUGCGCCUAUCCAAUCUGAUCCUCAGGGAUUUGCAUCGUCUCUCAAAGAAUCCAUUGGUCGAAGGGCCCGUGAAUCUCUACUUGAUUCUUCACUGGAUUUACAAGCUGAUUCAUCAGGCUCUCUGGUUGCGCCUUCGGAUCAUGACACCUCUCCUACUGAUGACGUCGCCAUGUCGGAUGACGACGUUGGGUCGGCACUGGGUGAUGCUGUCGACGAUUCUGUUUCGGACCCUUCCGACUUCAACUUGGAGGCAUUUUUGGGUGAAGUUAUCAAUGCCCCCAAGAUUAAUCCCGGUGCGCCGCUAUGGGCAAAAGCGGGUACCAAUCGUAAGGCUCUUUACGGUCGUUCUGGCGCUGAUCUGGUUGAAGCCAAGUCGAUCAAGUAUGACUUCGACGCUGACGCUGGUACAGCUCAAGCGACUGGCCUCGUCAAGCCAAAUUACUACCAUUCGCUAUGGUUUGAGGACGCUGACCCGGACGUCGCUCAAUGGCAGUACGAUCUCGAAGUCCGUCAUGAGGAAGACGACGAGACUUGUGUGGAGUGUGGUCCUGUUGCUGCCGACAAGAAGGCCUACACCUCCAUCAUAGCCCCAUACACUAUUGGCUAUGAAGUUGAGAGUAUGACACGACUGGAACUCACCAAGUGUGUUGACUCCUUUCUUAAAGACCUCUGUUCCCGUACCCCGCUCGAACAAUUGGCUACGGUUGAGGCUAACCCGGGACUUAUGCUCCCGGCUAUGGCGUCUAAAGAUCGCCUCGACACUCUCGCCCAUUACCGAAGUGUCUGUCGGCUUUUGGCUCAUACUCGUCCUGGUACGAGUGUGGCUCAGUCGCAAUGUUCAAGGGUUCUUCAUGCGACGGGCAAGGCAAAAACCAUGCUCAAAAAACUCUUGGGUCAUGGACCUCCUCUUUCGGCUCAAGACAAGAAGUCUCUUUUUGUUCUUUCCAGCUGGGAUUUGGUGCUUCACAUUAUGGCACCGACGGUCUAUCAUGACCCCAUCAAGCUUUUCGUCCUCACGGAUACUAUCCCGGACUUUCUCGUUAAUUUGACGGUUCCGCUGCUUUCGGAUAACACCCUUUGGCUCCUCGGUUUCAGCUCUUUUGCGAAAGACCUUUUGCAGUACGAGACUGUGCCCGAUUUUUUAAAGUCUUUGGUUCAGGCUGUCCAAGCCUUGAAACCUGAUGCGGAAGGGUCCCUAAGUCCUAGCCUUCAUUUCUAG